UGUCUGUUUCGUUUGUUGGGCCAAAAAAAAAUAAAAGUUUUUUUUAAGCAAAAAGUAGGAAAUAUAUAUGUGCAGCGGUCAGUGCAAGUGCUAAAUGGGUACAUAGUGCAUAUGUACACACAGCGACAUGGGCAUGGUGGAGGCGACGACGUCAGAGCUGCGCCUGGAGGCCCCAAAUUCGUACACGUACCUCCUUGCGACCCUUAGCCUGACGCUCACUUUCAUCGUUAUGCUGGGCGCUUGUCUCUGUUGCAAGAAACGUAUCCCCAAGAAUGACAUGAUGGGCUUGGAGGGCAUGGUCAAGCUAAAGAAUCCAGACGAGGUAAUUGUGGUCAGCAAUCUGGUUGGCAACAGCGAGUCUCAGGCGGAGCUUAAUGCCUCAACGGUCUCUAAUGCUGACUCCGAAAAGCGGUCGAGCACUGCAGCCCAUCGCAGUUUGCCGGACAUUCCCGUGGCCGAGAGCAACGAUAAUGGGUCCGAACUAUAUGAAACUGUGGCGGACAAGCAACUGGUAGAUGCCCGCAAUGCCCGUAGUCAAAGUCCCCAGCCAAGUAUGAAGAAACAGACCAGCGUGUCGCAGCACAGUUCUAUUAGCCAGGCGGAUGAUGUUAGUUCGCCGUACUCGCGUGUCAAGGGACUGCCGCACGACUACGCCAAGGUGCGGGGAACAGAGCAUCCAUAUGCUCAGCUGAAUGCACCAUCCACUUCGCAUGCCGCCAACCAUGGAUCUGCAGCAGCUGCAGCGGCGGCGGCAGUUGUGGCCGGGUCUUCCAGUGACGGGAUCGAUCCCAUGCAUCGCAGUUCGCAGCACAGUGAGAGCUCCAGAGAGCACAAUGAUUCGGCGCCUGCACAAGCUGAGAUUCCGGCCGCCUCUGCGAUAGCAGGCAUGAUUUCGGCCAGCCAAGAUCUACCCUACAUGACGCCGCCCAUCGCCAACCAGCAUUUUAGUGGUGACUCGCAGGAUUCAUCGAAGGGAUACACAAGUAUCAGUGUGAGGGAACCGCUUGCCAACAUUCUCGCACAACAGCCACCGGGGAAACCGUCGAACAGGAACCCAACGUUAUCGCGAGACGUGAACGACUCGCACUACGCCACCGUAUCUGACGAUUCUGAUGAAACAUAUGCGGCAAUUGAGGAUCCCAAUAAUCGCCAUCAGGCAAACAUUGGAGACAUUUACACAAGCGGAUCGGAGACCUACGCACAAAUUCAGCCCAUGCAGGCCAAUCCAAUAGUGGUGGCCGUCGAGAUCAAUAAUAGCAGCAGCCUUCCGAACGCAAGUCCGUCCUCCGUUAUGGCUGGUGGCGGUGCAAGUAGCGGAAUCCACAGACCCACCAGCAGCAGCGGUACUGAUCAUGGUAUGCCUGUUCCACCGCCGGUGGAUAGUUUGCGAGCCCAAAUGCACUCGCGUCAAGCUUCAUCCUCGUCAAACAAUAGUACAUCCGUCUGCAAUCUUGGCUCACCGAAGCCAGAAAAGCGACAAGCGAAUUCCCCACUGCCCCCAACGCCUAAGGCAAGUGUUGGACAGCCUCACCAUCUACACGCGGGUAGCAUCAGCAACCUGACUUCUGGCCGUAACUCGGUUAUAUCGGUAAUCGAAGCAGGUACCGAAAGUCAUGACGCGGAGUCUGGUGAGGGGUCGCCACAGCGCAAACAUAGCAAGAGUCUCAGCCCUUCUAAGGAAGGCGAAGGCAAUAAAAACAUUGAGGGGAUGUAUGCCAAGGUUAUGAAAAAGCACAAAUUCUCGCGAAACUCGCCCUCCUCCCAGAACAGUUCGCCCAUCCUGGCCAGAAAGCAGCACCAGGAUGCCUUGGGUGUCAGUCCGCUGGACAAUGCUGCGGCCUUGCUAAUGGAUUCUCAGAAAGGACGUGGGCGGAGCAAUAGCUAUUCUGCGAAAGAUCAUGGGUACGAAACUAUUCCUGCCGAUGGUCAGGUGAUGCACGAAAACCGAAAGUCGGAUUGCUAUGCAGCCAAUAUGUUGCAAAAAGAACGACAGCAAGAAGGAGGAGCGAUUGCCCAGCCCAUUACGAUAGCAACAGCAAUUGCGAUCAGCAGCACAAAGCAUUACGAGACUAUUCUAAACCAGCCACAGCCGCCAUUGCCGCCUCCGUCCAGCAACAACGAUCCCGGCUACGAGCAACUGCAACUGCAACCUGUUCGAGUAGGCGAGGAUGAGGCCAAAAAGUCGGACUACGAUCCCAACUACGAGGUGCUCAAAAGUCGUGCCCAUUCGGACGACGGUUAUGCUAAGGUGCUGGAGAAAAAGCGCCCGCCAGCCACCGCUGACGUCUCCGGGUAUAGUACCAUUCCAGGGGCGGAUGCAAACCAUAAUUAUGCCAGCAUCCUGGAGACAAAGGCCGCUGCAGAAACAGAUCACUAUGCGCGGAUAGCGGAAAAUGCAGUGGCCGGAACACCGGGUAGCGGCAGCAGUCGUCUGACCCUCACAUCGCCCAGCUCCACAUCCAAUUCUGUAUCACUCAACUCAUCAACGGUAGCCACUAGCACGCCGUUGUCCUCGCAAUAUGAAUCGCUGACAGGAACGGGCAGUGAAACGGAUCCCAACUACGAGUCUGUAUGCUAUUUGACCACUGCGGCUACCACAGCGACCACCACAACGACGACGACGAGCAGUGGAUUGGAGCCUGGUUACGAGCUGUUGCAGGCGGAUCAAGAGUCGGACACGCAAGCGAGCAGCCCGUUGAGUGGGGCAGCCUCCACGCCAAGCGAGCAGUUGUUAGUAGAUGACUACUUCCACGUGUAGCCAGUGACCAGCGGUCUGUGGCCAGUGAGCUGGAUCUCCCCAUUAUCAGUUUUUGCUAAGCAAUUUUUCACGCACAUAUCAUCCAUUCGAUGCACAGACCCCCAUACAUUCACGCUUACAUCGUAGUUAAGAACGGCGCUCGCCAAGCGACAGUCUAGAUUGCAUUACAGUGGUUCACUGACCCAUCGGCAGAUUGGAACAACAGUAAUCCCAUCCCAUUAUGGCACAGCUUCAUAUCGGUUUGCCCUUUAGAAUAUAGCGUAGCUUUAGGUUAACUUUGUGUACAAACUAUUUGUAUGACCGGCUCGACAAUUGCUUCCGGGCGAGAGUGGGUAAUCGCUCCAAGUAUCUACUCCAUUAUUAUUAUUCUAUCUCAGUACCAGUGCGUCUUAUUUUAGGUAAAUUGAAUGCAGGGGUCUCACUUGACGCGCCACUUGUUUAAAUUGAUAAGCACACCGACCGGUCGACCCUGGUAGUGGGUUGUGUUUAGGCCAAUGAUAUUUAAAUGGCGGGCAGGAGAACUUACCUACUAUACAUAUAUGUAUAUUAUAUAUAUUUUUAUAUGUUUUGGCGUUUUUGCUGCUUUUUUACUUUACUGAGGUCCGGUAUAGGCGUAGGAUAUACACACAUAUUUACACAUACCAAUACCCACGAGAAGGCAAGCCAAGUAUUUGUAUUUGAUAAAUGUUAAUGGAACACUUCCAAGUAUUCAACCAUCAAGAAACUAAGAUAAAAAGUUCAAUAAAUUAUUGAUGACACAA